CCUCUCGUCAAUCGGCAGUGUGGCCCGGCCUGUGUGUCAUCUCUCUGUCCUUCAGCCCGGCGUCAGGCAGCACCGUGUUCCGCGCAGACAUGCCCAAACUCAGCAAAGAGACCAAGCAGCGACUGCAGCAGGUCUUCCAGUGCGGACAGUUCGUUAUUCGGUGGGGUUUCAUCCCCACGGUUCUCUACCUAGGGUUCAAGCGAGGAGCAGAUCCUGGAAUGCCAGAGCCAACAGUUUUAAGUUUGCUUUGGGGAUGAAGGAGAGAUGUCGACGAGCUCCUGCAGAACAACAGAUCGCCUCCUUGUCUCCUAAUAAACACCGGAAACGGUCCAUUCCUCACCAUGCGUAAAAGACACGCUAGCCAUGAACUCGGAUUGAGCGCCGUCUCAGUUUUCCCUCUUCUCCUUCUCCGUCUACCCCGUUAAGAGGACGUCGUUUUUACCCCACAUGCCUGGACCAUGUCAUGAGAGUAUUCUGUAUCUUGUCAUUUCUAAGUUGUUUCAUUGUUUUGCAUCAUUAUGAAUAAACGAGAAAAACGGCA